AUGCACAAAAAUUUUAUACUUUUCAAUUUUGCGGCGUUUUUGCUCCAUUCCUGCUACGCAACCACCCGCCACUUCUGGUUCCACAUCACGAGUGAGUGCAUAUUUAUUAAGGUCCGAUUAAAUUGUUUCAUACAAAUUAUGGGCUGCCUGAGCAUUCCGAGUGCUUUCAUCUGGUCCUACCUGGCAGAUCGGACGAAGUGGCACAGGCAGAUUAUUGCCAUCAAUAUCCUUCUCUACAUCUUGGCGUCCGUUAUUAAUUUCAAAUUGAAAGACAUCGGCGGGAAGUAUAUUGUUCAGUGUGGAUGCGUGCUCGCAACGCUUCUAAGAGAAAUCGCCAUUGGCGGUACUUUUUCGAUUUUUUUUGCUCUUGUUCUGAAUUACACGAAGCGAACCAACUCAUCGAAUCGGAACGUAGGUAUCGUUAAGAUGUCUGGAAUCUUUGGUAUUAUAUUCGUGAUGAUGGUGCUGGGCAUAGCCGGUUGUUUUUUUCCAGCACUGAAAGAGGGCAAAAGGAACAUCGCGCUUGCUAUGUGUGUAUUGUCCGGGGUGCUCUCUGCAUUGGUUGUCUUCUUUUCACUGCCCGAGUUCAUAAAACCAGAAACGGUUCUUUUCAAGAAAAAAAUUUCGGUGAAGGAUUUUUUUAGGAAGAUCUACCAGUACACGAACCCGAUCAUUCUUACAUUUUUCAUUACAACUGUCUUAAUCGGUCUGAAUAGGAUGGCUCUUGACAACUUUUCCGCGUCGUUCUGCCGUCUGAUAGGAUAUGAGAUGCACCAUAUCCGAUUGUUCUUUGGUUUUCGGAUGAUUUUAGAAGCGAUCAUCCUUUUCUACAGUGAAAGCGUGUGCAAGCUGAUCGGAGUUUACCAUCUUUUGCUGCUUGCUGCCGUUUGCACCGUUUUCCGCACAUUCAUACACACCGUCGUUGAUCUUCUCCAGGCAUCGAAGUACCGCAAGGCAUCGUUUAUAUGUGCAGUAGAAGCGUUUAAGGCGAUUUCUACGUCUGCAUAUUUCUACUCAUCCACGCUGAUUUUCAGGUCUUUUGCCAAGUAUGACACGCAGACACUUGCGUUGGGUCUUAACAACUGUGCCUACAACGGCAUGCCCAGUGUUCUUUUUUCCAUAAUAAGCCUAAUCAUUUCCAAUCCACUCUCCUCCGGUUCCUCCAGCGGUUCCAAUACUACUGUGCUCGAUGAACGAGCACAGUACAAGUAUUUCCUUACAUUCUUUCAAAUAGUAACAAUCGCGUCUUUCUUUGGCGUCAUUAUUACCGCGGUAGGCAUUUACUUAGUGAAGAGAAACAAGCUGGAAAACUUUGAAUGGACCAUGCACAAAUAAAACGUACUCUUUAGAUUUAUCCUAAGAGGUUUUUAGUGAUGUAGCAGACUGUGAGAGAGAAAUGAUCCAAAUAAAGUA